CAGAUAUGAUACAGCAAGGGGAAAGCCAGUUCCAAGUUAGCACAUUCACAGAGGAGAAAAAGAAACUGAAAGUGUGAACAAGACGAGCAAACAUUUCAGAGGAACGUAUCCAUUAACCUUCAUAUAAAAGAAUACACCAGACUUCUAUAAUUAUGAAAAUACUGGGCUGGCUUCUGCAGAUUAUCUUCAGCAACUGGAGCGAUGUGGAGAAGGAGAACAUGGGAACCGUGGUGGGAAUUGACCUGGGAACAUCCUACUCAAGUGUGGGUGUGUUCAAGAAUGGUCGUGUGGAGAUCAUCACAAACGACCAGGGCAACCGCAUUACUCCUUCUUAUGUAGCUUUCACUGCAGAAGGGGAGCGUCUGAUUGGUGAUGCUGCCAAGAUCCAGCUCACCUCCAACCCUGAGAACACAGUGUUCGAUACCAAGAGGCUGAUUGGCCGCACCUGGUCUGACCCCAGCGUUCAGCAGGACAUCAGAUACCUGCCUUUCAAAAUUGUUGAGAAGAAGAGAAAGCCUCACGUCCAGAUGGACAUCGGUAGGCGUCAGAUUAAGACCUUUGCUCCAGAGGAGAUUUCCGCUAUGGUCCUCACUAAAAUGAAGGAGACAGCAGAGGCAUACUUGGGGAAGAAGGUCACUCAUGCCGUGGUCACGGUUCCUGCCUACUUUAACGAUGCCCAGCGCCAGGCCACCAAGGAUGCAGGUGCGAUUGCCGGGCUGGAGGUGAUCAGGCUCCUCAAUGAGCCAUCUGCUGCUGCCAUCGCCUUUGGUCUGAACAAGCAAAAUAGAAAUAGGAACAUCUUGGUGUAUGAUUUGGGCGGCGGCACCUUCGAUGUGUCCCUGAUGACCAUUGACAACGGCGUUUCUGAGGUGGUGGCCACCAAUGGGGACUCCCACCUGGGCGGCGAGGACUUCAACCAGCGUGUCAUCGACCAUUUUAUCAAUUUGUAUGAGGACAAGACAGGAAAAGAUGUACGCAAGGACAACCAUGCCAUUCAGAAACUACACAGAGAGGUGGAGAAGGCCAAACGCACCCUGUCCUCAGAAAAUCAGGCCCACAUGGAGAUUGAGUCGUUCUUUGAGGGCAAGGACUUCUCUGAGACACUCACCCGAGUCAAGUUCGAGCAGCUCAAUAGGGACCUGUUCUUUUCUACCUUGAAGUCCAUUCAGAACGUUCUGGCAGACGCCAACAUGAAGAAGUCGGACAUCGAUGAGAUCGUGCUGGUGGGCGGCUCCACCCGCAUCCCCAAGAUCCAGCAGAUGGUGAAGGAGUUCUUCAACGGGAAGGAGCCGUCCCGCGGCAUCAACCCAGACGAGGCUGCGGUCUACGGGGCGGCUGUGUUUGCUGCGGCACUGUCUGGAGACAAGGACCUAGGUGAAGUGGUCCUGCUGGAUGUAUGUCCCUUUGCCCUGGGAGUUGAGACUGUUGGGGGUAUCAUGACCAAGCUGAUACCCAGGAACACCCCAUUACCAAUCAGCAAGACCAAAUUCUUCUCGACGGAGUCUGACUACCAGACCACGGUCACCAUUAAGGUCUAUGAAGGAGAGGACUCUGAGACCAAAGGCAACAACCUGUUGGGCACCUUUGAUCUGAUAGGCAUCCCACUCGCCAAAAGAGGGGACCCCGAGAUCGAGGUGACUUUUGAAUUCACAGUCAAUGGGAUCCUGUUUGUGACAGCAAAGGACACAAGAACGGGCAACAAGAAUGCCAUCAUCAAUGACCAGAACCAGCUGGCCCCUGAAGACAUCAAGCGCAUGGUGAACGUGGCAGAGCGCAUUGCUGAUAAGGACAGGAAGUUGAAGGAGCUCAUCGAUGCCUGGAAUCAGCUGGAGAGCUACAUCUACAUACUCAAGAACCAGGCCGGUGACAUAGAGAGGGCAUUGGAUGAGAAGAUCAAGUGGCUGGAGUCAUACCAGGACGUCGAGCCAGAGGAUAUCAGGGCCCAGAAGAAGCAGCUGGAGGAGGUGGUCAAGCCGCUCAUCAGAAAACUCUACGGUGUAGCAGGCGGGACACCGCCAGUGCAGGAUGACCAUCAAGAUGAGAAGGUUGAGUUGUAGGACCUUCAAAGGGCUUUGCGUCUUCCCCUUGCCGUCUCUCUCCACGGUUUUCUCAUCACACAGCUUGGGAAAUUAUACAGACCACCCUUUUCACUUUAGUUCAAGUCCUGGUUUAGGAUGGGUCACUCAGAGACUGAAUGUCCUGAAGCUACUCCAGCAUGGUCUAGAUUGUGUGCUUUGGUUGUGCUUAACAGUGAAUAUUUGCCCCAGUCUGAGGUUAUGUGCGCUCUGGACCAGGUUUUCCUAAAGGAACUCUCCAUUUGGCUCCAUUCCUCAUUUCCUCAAUACUGACCAGUCUCCCAAUAACUGAGAAGCACCCUAUAGCAGGAUGCUGCCACCACCAUACUUCACAGAAGGAAUGGUAUUAGCUAGAUAAUAAGCAGCUCUUGAUUUCCAAGAUUCAUCACUGGGCAUUCAGACCAUAGAGUUAAAUUAUUGUCUCAUCAGUCCAAUAGUUCAGAGUUCUAACUUAAUCAAUUUUAUAGAGCCCACAAGAGCUUUUUUAAAAUUAUUAUUAUUAAUAUAUAUAUAUUUUUUUUUUUACACCCACCCGCAGAUCUAAGCCUCGACUCAAUUAUCUCAUAGACAUCUUUGGAGAGGUCUAUGAGAACAUCUUUCUAAAGCAUGCCUAAUCAAAUCACAUCAAAUUAAUUUCUAAUUUCUAACACUAAUCAAGUGUUAUUUGGCAUCCCCAGCCGAUCCUAAUUUGGAAUGUCCAGUUCGCAAACAAUGUACAAGCAUACCCAUCUUUGCCUCUGCCGGCUCAGGAGAGUGAACACAAGUCACGGUUCUACUCCGAAAUACGGCAUGUCAGCCAGCUAAUUCUUUUUACACCGGAGCAGCAAGCCUUUCAUGCACAGAGCUGGGCCGGAGACCCAAUCACAUGUAUGCAGAGAGCUAGCCACGGGUGCUCAACAGGGGUCGCUUGAGCAAUGAAUACUGCUAUCCCUGCUGACUGAAUCCUUCCCAUAUAUCCCUAGGGUGACGUGAAGCCAAUUGGGCCUUCAGGGUUGGCGAGGGCCAGAUUCAAAUCGAGACAGUGUUGCUCACUUGUGUGCCACAAGCACUGCUUUUACGAAGUGACCUCUCCAGCAGCCCUACUCCAUUCGAUUUCUAGAGACCUCUCAGGGAUGAUCAACGCAUGAUGAAUCUGAGCACAAAUUGGAGUGUCAUAGCAAAGGAUCUGAAUGCAAAAGGUCUUAUGUAAAUUAGGUAUUUCUGUAUUCCAAUUGUAAUACCUGUAUGAAAAAAAAUAAUAAUAAUGUUUUCACUUGGUUUUUACUCUGGUGUACUGAUGAGCAAAAGUAAUCACUUUUGUUAGCUAUGUUAAGAGAACAAUUCCUUACGAUAUCUUAACUGAGAAAUUAUUUCCAUGGUGCUGAGCAAGGAUGACAAAAAUGAGAAUAUUCAUUAUUAUUAUUAUUAUGUUGUUAUUUUUAUGAGACUAGUUCUACGCUAUAGGACUAUAUCUUUGUCAUUUUGCAUUGUAAGUAAUUAGCAAAUGUGUGGUGUGUGUGGGGUCGCCAAUUAAUGAAAAAAUAUAAAUUAUGGAUAGUUCUACUGUAAAGGAAUACAAAAACAGUAUGCAUUUGCCCUUGUUUGCAUAGGUAGCAUUGAAACUGAAGUUCAGAAUGCACAUGAAAGUUUCCUGUCCCGUCUCCUAUAUUUCCUUCAAACACUGGAUCCUGAUACUGUCUCCACAUUAAAACAUUACGAUUGGCUUACAUUUUUAGGCCGAUACAACAUCCACUACAUUUGUGGUGACUGAAGCCACGCCCUUCCAUCAUUAUCACAUGGUCCAAAUAUGGUUCCAUUUUCUACGACAUUAUUAAAUUUUAAAUGUGGUUUGGCUGAAGCAGACAGAGUGAACCAGUUAUGGUCUCAGAAGCAGUCAAUUUGGCAUAACACUUUAAAGCCGAACUCUAAUCCUCUAUUUGGGUUCUAAAGUUCAUGAGUUUACUCAGUUUGGGUUCACUUCUAUUUCAAGAAUAUUACAAUUACAAGUAUCGUCAUUUAAAUGGCUAUAGUUUCACCAAUGGGCUAGCAAAUGGAAUUUGUUUUUUUCAGAAGAUUUUGAACUAGACAAUAAAGAACAAUUAACUUG